AUGUCGCUCAUUCCUGGUAAAGGCUGCAGGCUCCCGAGGUCCCGCGUAGAGCGCAUCAAGCUGACGUCUCCAGACGCCAUCUGGGCCGCAUCGCCCACAACCACGCGAGGACAGCCAACGCCGCUGUCCUCAGACCCCAAGGGCGAGCGGAUAGUGUAUGCGGCUGGCAAGUCCGUCUUCCUACGAUCCAUCGACGACCCCGCCAUCAGUAAACAGUACACACAACACACCGCCCAAACCACCGUCGCGCGUUUUGCGCCUUCCGGUUUCUACAUCGCUAGUGGAGACGUGUCGGGUACAGUUCGUGUGUGGGACUGUGCGGGUGAGGGAGCUACAAAGGGCGAGUACCACAUCAUUGCAGGACGCAUCAACGACCUGGCCUGGGACGGAGAUUCGCAACGCAUCAUCGCGGUUGGCGAUGGCAGGGAACGUUUUGGACACUGCAUCACAGCCGACAGCGGCAACAGCGUGGGAGAGAUAUCCGGACACUCGUCGCAGAUUAACACCGUCUCUAUCCGGCAGCAACGGCCUCUCCGCGCCGCCACCGGCUCCGAUGACACAAGUCUCGUAUUCUAUCAUGGCGCACCGUUCAAAUUCAACACCAGCCUCAGAGGGCAGCACAACCGCUUUGUUUUUGGGACCGCAUUCUCCCCCGACGGCUCUGUAUUCGCCAGUGUAGGGGCGGACAAGCGCAUUUGGUUAUAUGACGGAAAGACAGGAGAGGCCAAGGGUCAGAUUGGCGAAGGUGUACACACCGGCAGCAUCUUCGGCAUUUCCUGGGCAAAAGACUCGAAGCGGUUCGUAACAGCGAGUGCGGACCAGACUGUUCGUAUAUGGGAUCCAGAAGCCGGAAAGGCCAUCCAGACUUGGAGGAUGGGCGAGGAGGGCGUUCCCAGUGUCCCCGACCAGCAAGUUGGCGUGGUCUGGCCCAACGGCCGCAGUGACGGGCUUAUCGUUAGUGUCGAUCUGGAAGGCAACCUCAACUAUCUUGUCGACGGUAACCCGAAGCCUACGCGUGUCGUCCGUGGCCAUCAAAAGAACAUUACGGCCGCGGCCUUAUCGGAGUCCACAUUCUUCACUGGCAGCUACGAUGGUCGGAUACUCGCAUGGGACACAAACACAGGUGUUGCAGACAAAGUCGAUGGCGAGAGUCAUUCCAACUACGUAGCAGGCCUUGUUCGCGACUCCAAGAGUGAGGCCGGCGUGCUCAGCGUUGGCUGGGAUGAUACUCUGCGUUCUAUUUCUGUCCAGAACAAGAUCUUCACGGGAGCCGCGAACGAACUAAAGUCUCAGCCUAAGGGAGUAGCCUCAGCGUUGGACGUGGCUCUUGUGCCUUCCUCCGAUGCCAUUGUAGUAUACAAGGACGGAGACAAAGCGAGCUCGUUGACCGUCAAAUAUACUCCUACCUCUAUAGCUGCGCAUGGCUCCAAUGUCGCUGUAGGAGGCGACGACAAGCUGGUCCACAUCUACACCCUGGUCGGUACGGAGCUCAAGGACACUGGCAUAGAGCUUCGUCGCGCCACAGCACCCAUAUCAGCUCUCGCAUUCUCUGUCUCGGGCGACAAGAUUGCAGCAGGCGCAAACAACGGCAAGAUAUACGCAUUCGAGGCCUCAGGUGAUUGGAAAAUCGUUACUGAUAGAUGGUCUGCACACACUGCACGCAUCACUGCCCUUGCGUGGGAUGCCGAUGCUAAGCUCGUAGCGAGCGGCUCACUUGACACGAACGUCAUGGUGUGGAGCGUAGAGGAACCGGGUAAACGGAUCAAGGCUAUGAAUGCACACAAAGAUGGUGUCACUGGUGUUGCGUGGGAGUCAUCAGGCAAGGUACUUUCCGCGGGCGGCGAUGCCAGUGUGAAGGUGUGGAAGUUGACCGGCUGA